GUCAACAGUUGAAAGAUGUAGCACGUUGAAAUCAGCUUAUUCCUGUGCAUGAAUCUGUCAGAAAGCAAUGGCUUUUCACUCCAUUUUCAUUGUGUCACCCGACGUGACCUGUUAAGAAGUAAUUAAAGGAGCAAGCACGCUCACUUCCUGGCUCUUGAAAAGGAGUUUGGAUGGCUGUUUAUUCAUGUUAGCACUUUGGAAGUAAAACACAUGAAGAGAACAGUACAGUGAAAAGCCAGUGAAUCAGAAGGAUUCGUCUGCCACAGUUAUGGAAGCACAAGCAAUAGAAAGGGAGGAGAAAGCGGCAUCAGUGUUCAGCUCCAACUCCAAAGCCACUUCCAAGUCUUCAGUAGUUAGUGCUGCUGCUAGAGCUAGAGCUAAAGCCGAAGCUGAACGCACCAGAGCCAUAUUCGCUCAGAAGGAGUUAGAACUGAAAAGACAGAGAGCUAGAUUGGAUUUGGAAAAGGCUACACUAGAAGCGGAUUUAGAAGCUCUAGGACUGGAAAAGGCAGCUGCUGCUGCUAUUGUAGAGGUUGAAGUUUUAGAAGCUGCAGCAGGACCAGAAAAUGAGGAUAGGUGCAGUGCCAGGAGUCGCAUCUCAUCGCAGAUAACAUGUCAGCGUACAAAGGCAUAUGUGGACCAUCAGGCUCGAGCCAGCUUUGAAACUGCAUUGUCUGUGGAUAUAACUCCUCAUUGUUUUAAAGAAGCGUCGGCACCAAGACAUCAGGAAGCUCCUGAAGUAACCCCUGCACACAACUGUGAUGCCACGCCUACAAGGAACACACAGCAAAGUGAGUACUUAUCAGCACCUCAGCCUCAGACAAGCCUGUUUAAGCGCUCCAACCCGCACUCUCAGCCUCUCAGCUUACAACCUCAGAACCCCCAGUCCUCCUUUAAAGCCCACCAGGAGCAGAGCUCUCCCUCAUUCAGUCAUGCUAGCCAAUCAAACCACUUCAUACAGAGCAACCCACAGCAUUCUUCUUCUGCUCCAGCCACUAACAUGAUAGACUUCGCUAGGUACCUCGCCAGCAGAGAGUUGGUAACCACGGGGCUCACUAAAUUCGAUGACCAGCCCGAGAGCUACAGAGCAUGGGAGUCCUCUUUCCUUAACGCCAUUCAGGGCUUAGGGUUGACAGCCAGUGAAGAGCUGGACCUCCUGGUAAAAUGGCUGGGAAAGGAGUCAUCUGAACAUGUUAAAAGAAUACGUGCUGUCCACAUCACCAAUCCUCACGCUGCUCUCGAAUUAGCCUGGACAAGACUCCAAGAAUGCUAUGCUACCCCUGAAGUGAUUGAGAAUGCUUUAUUCAAACGAUUGGACAAUUUUCCUCGGCUAACCUCCAAAGAUAAAAUCAAGCUAAGAGAACUUAGCGAUCUGCUCUUGGAACUAUUCUCAGCCAAGCAGGAUGGCUAUCUACCAGGACUGAGCUACCUUGACACUCCUCGAGGGAUUAAGCCAAUCGUGGAAAAGCUGCCACCAAACUUACAGGAAAAAUGGCUGUUUGCUGGCUCAAACUACAAAGAACGGUACAGAGUGUGUUUCCCUCCUUUCUCGUUUUUUGUUGACUUUGUCAGAUGUCAGGCAAAGGCCAGAAAUGACCCCAGCUUUGUGUUGGUGAGCAGUAACCGCAGCCAUUACCAUAGUGAAAGAUCCAGAACCAAGCAUGAUAGUGCUCGGACAGCUGUGUUUGUGCAUAGAACAGAUGUGUCAACAACAGAUUCAAGCUUGUUACACAAAACAUCUACUGACAAGAAAGGUAGUGAUGACCCAACCAAGUACUGUCCAGUGCACAAUAAGCCACAUCCUCUGGAAAAAUGUAGAGCUUUUAGAAUAAAGCGGCUAAUGGAACGCAAAAGGCUGCUAAAAGAAUACAGACGUUGUUUCAAGUGCUGUUCUGGUACUCAUGUGGCUAGAGAAUGUCCUGCAGAGCUGAAAUGCAAUGAGUGUGAAAGCAAUCAACAUUGCACUGUCAUGCACCCAGACACUGCUGUCUCCCCUGCACCAUCUCCUCCGACAGAAUCAGACGUAGAACAGCAAAACAGCUCUCCUCCAGAAGUGACCUCCAGGUGCACCAAGGUCUGCGGCGAAGGUCUCCCACCAAGGUCCUGCGCCAAGAUAUGUUUAGUCCGGGUUUUUCCCCAAGGACAGCGAGAACGCUCAAUCAAGAUGUAUGCCAUCCUCGACGACCAAAGCAAUCGAUCACUGGCCAGGUCUGAGUUUUUUAAGCUGUUUGACAUCCAAGGGGACCAUACACCUUACCUGAUGAGGACCUGUGCUGGAACCACGGAAAUGACUGGGAGAAAGGCUGUUGGUUUUCAGAUCGAAGCAUUGAAUGGUGAAGUGUGUUUGGACUUUCCUCCGCUCAUUGAAUGUAAUGAAGUUACGAGCAACAGAUCGGAAAUCCUUUUUUCAGAGAUCAGAAAUCCCAUGCUCACUUGAGAUCCAUGGCACCUCACAUCCCAAAGAUCGAUCCUAAAGCACAGAUCUUAAUCCUACUGGGGAGAGACCUCAUACAAGUUCACAAGGUGAGAGAUCAAAUCAAUGGACCCCACAACGCUCCCUUUGCCCAGCGUUUGGAUUUAGGAUGGGUUAUAGUAGGGGAGGUUUGCAUCGAUAGUACAUACAAGUCCACUGUAUUAGUCCUUAAAACCCAUAUCCGACAGAAUGGACGCCCAUCUUUUCUGAUGCCCUGCCAGAAUCACAUCAGUGUGAGAGAGAGAGGCCAGAAUUCCUUCACAAACCACACCAACCAGAAACACCCAGAUCCUUUAAGCUGGUGGAUCCUGAGGAAGACGUGGAUGUGAGGCCUCAGCUGACCACUCUUGCUACUUCGCUCAGAGAAAGUGAACUCACCUCAGAACGAUUCCAACGGUUUUCGACCUGGGAGUCCUUGCUGAGAGCAGUUUCCUUCUUGAUCCAUCAGAUUCGCUCACAGAGGACAAACUCCACAGUUACAUGUAAAGGAUGGCAUCAGUGCAACCAACCUCGCACUCCAGAAGAGUUAGAAGUGGCAAAGAUCGUCAUAAUCAAAGCUGCCCAGAGAGAUGCUUAUCCAGAAGAGUGUGUCGCACUACUAGAGAACAGGGCCAUACCAAAAUCCAGCACGAUUCUGAAUCUCGACCCUUUUGUGUGUGAUGGUCUACUGCGAAUAGGAGGACGUCUGAGACAUGCUUCAGUCAAUCCUGAGGUCAAAAACCCAAUCAUUCUCCCGAAACAAAGUCACGUCACAAGAUUGCUCGUGAGUCAUCACGAUGCGAAGGUGAAACACCAAGGACGGCAGUUCACAGAGGGAGCAAUCAGGGCUGCUGGUCUGUGGAUUGUUGCUGGCAAAAGAUUAAUAGGCUCAGUUCUUCAUCGCUGUGUCACAUGCUGCAAGCUCAGAGGAAAACUUGAAACACAAAAGAUGGCUGACCUCCCUUCAGAACGUCUGAGCUCGUCUCCACCAUCCACGUAUGUAGAGUUAGAUGUUUUUGGACCCUGGAAUGUGAUCAGUCGACGCACAAGAGGCGGAAUGGCUCAAAGUAAGCGAUGGGCUAUACUUUUUACAUAUAUGAGCACCAGGGCUGUACAUGUGGAAGUUAUAGAGUCCAUGGAUACUGCCAGUUGUAUCAAUGCCCUGCGAAGUUCUUCGCCUUAAGAGG